CCCGUCGCCACCACUCAGAUGAAUGAGGCGAUGUAGACUUUUCAGUAGACAAGGCAUCCUGAGCGGCAACACUACAUACAUACAUACCCUAGGUAUUUACGACAUACACCAAACAUGCAGCAUUUCUAACUUCUCUUUGCCCAACGUUUAGUAUUUCUCAGCGCGUCAGUCGGACGCACCUAUCCCGGGACAAGCCUGGGACAGAUACUGCUUCAUCCGUCACACAAUUUUGAUAUAUAAACAUGAAAGCAGAAAUGCAACGGCUUCGGGUGCUAGCUCUGCACGGCAGCAAUCACAGGCCCGGCGAUGACCACCCCCUCAGUCUCGGCUUUGACCUCGAACGCAGGGCCAGCAAGAUCUUAUGCCUCUUAGCCAAGCUAGAACUAUCAAUCCGGGAUAUCGCUUCCAUCGCAUGGGAGGUCGAAUACGAGCGCAGGGACCUGAUCGAGGACAUCUACGGCCUCGACCAGCUGCUCAAGGAAGCCGUGUCACUCAUGGCACCCCCUGAGCUCUCCUCACAAGCCGUGACUGCGCUAGGGAAAUACUUUGACGAGGCGCUCAUCAAAGAGAAGUCCAAGAACUGGGAGUUGGAAUACCAGUGCAGGGACCUAGAAGAGGACUUAUGGAAACUCCAGUUGCAGCUAAGGAGCAGCGUACCGGUCGAGGACAUUACGCAUCCUAGGUGGAAGCCUCGGACGGCCAUGGAGAAAAACUUGGAGGACAGGAUCGUCGAACUCGAAGACAGGCUCAAGCACCCAAAGGGGAGAGCUCGGUCAAACUCCGUAUGAUGAGGACCGCCGACACCAAGAACCUAUUAGCUUGCAAAGGGGAUUCCGCUUGCCGAAUCUGCAGGUUCCCAAACAUCUCUUCAGCUUGAACAACAUCAACAGCGCUCUAGUCUUGGUUGGGGAAUCGGACCUGAGAGAUUGGGCGAAGCAAGAGAUCUCAUCUGUUAUAGGGCCGGGAGGGAGGA